AUGAAUGGCAGAGAGUGUGGGUUAAAGGCAGCAGUUGGCGAUGGAGAAGAAAGAGUACCAGUGUCCGUUGCACCUACUGCCGUGUGUAGUGUAGAUUCGGAUGAUGGAUUUGAACUAUACAAUGUUUCCGAUGGCGAUGAACCUGUGCUUUUGAAAACUAAAUGGGACAGGGAAGCACGAUGGAGAAAAGAGCUUGAUGUUGAAGCGUGA